AUGGACGCGACCGCCACGAGGGAGGCGACGACCGCGUGCGCGUACGUCUCGCUGUGGAUCGCGCUCAGCGCGGGCGUCAUCCUGUACAACAAGUACGUCCUCGCCGUGCACGGGUUCCCGUUCCCGAUCGCGCUGACGAUGAUACACAUGGCGUUCUGCUCGUUCAUGGCGUACGCGCUCGUCAAGGUGUUCAAGGUGGUCGACGGAUGCGUCGCGAUGACGCGGCAGGCGUACGUGCGAAGGGUCCUGCCCAUCGCGUUUCUCUUCGCCGUCGUCCUGUGGACGGGAAACAGCGCGUACCUGUAUCUCAGCGUGUCGUUCAUUCAGAUGGUGAAGGCGUCGAUGCCCGUGGUCGUCUUCGCCGCGGCGGUCAGCAUGCGCGUGGAGAAGUACUCGCACAAGAUGGCGUUCAUCCUCGCGAACAUCGCGCUCGGGGUGUCCGUCGCGUCGUGGGGGGAGCUCAACUUUCACGCCGUCGGGUUCACGUUUUUGAUCGCAUCCAUGGCGGCGGAGGCGUUUCGGAUCGUCUCCGUGCAGCUCCUGCUCGCGAGCGCGGACAUCAAGCUGAACAGCAUCACGACGCUGUACUACGUCUCCCCCGCGUGCUUCGCGUUCUUGUCCGUCCCGUUCGCGGACCCCGCGUCCGUGGACGGGAAACAAAUCAAUUGGGAACCCACGGUGCUGUGGACGAACGCCGCGGUCGCGUUCAUGCUGAACGUGUCGAUAUACCUCCUCAUCGGGAAGACGUCCGCGCUGACGAUGAACGUCGCGGGGCCGGUGAAGGACUGGAUGUUGAUAUACCUCUCGUCGUUGGUGUUCGACGCGCCCAUCACCUCGACGCAGGCGCGGUACGCGUACGCGUUCGCCGCGGUGUGCGCGUACAACUACGAGAAGUUUAAGACGAUGAAAGCCAAGGAGGCGACGAUGACGACGGGCUCCUUGGGCGGGGGUGCGAGUAGCGUUGGGGGCGACCCUGGUAGGGGUGGAUCGGCGAAGAGCGCGCGAGCGCGGGCGUACGAGCACAGUGCGCCGUGCCGAAAAGCGUGA